AAAUGUCCAACUAUGGUGACAUUAACACAUUACACAUGAAUAACAACAUUCAAACCAAAACAACUUUAAACAAAAAGAAUCUUACGCUUACACUCUACUAGUACACUACAUUUUUUUUAAAGAAUAAAUCAAACUUUACAUUAAAAAGAUGCGACUUCAUAAAGUCUACCAUCGUUUUUCUUCUUCUUCAUUCAUCAUUCAACACCAAUUCAAUCGAUUUUCUCUCUCCUUACCUUCAUCUUCUUCUUCAUCAUCUUAUCUCUCUUCACUUCCCUUUAAAUUCCCAGGAAUUCGAACUUCCCAACAAUUCAGGACUGUUUCUGGGAAGCCUUUUAGUAGUACAAUGAGUAGGCUUCAAAGUCUUGUUCCUGUUGAAGCAGUUUCUGGGGAAUAUAUUGCUGCUGCUCCUUCUAAUGGGUCUGCUUCUAAUUCUCAAUUAGAAGAUGAUUUGGGAACAAAUGGUGGCUAUCAACUGCCUCCUUCUGAAAUACGAGACAUCGUUGAUGCUCCUCCCUUGCCCGCAUUGUCCGUUUCGCCCCACAGGGAUAAGAUUCUAUUUCUCAAAAGAAGAUCUUUACCUCCCUUGAUAGACCUUGCUAAACCAGAAGAAAAGCUUGCUGGUAUUCGCAUUGAUGGAAAAAGCAAUACACGGAGUCGAAUGUCAUUUUACACAGGUAUUGGAAUCCAUCAAUUGACAAGUGAUGGUACCCUUGGGCCAGGAAAAGAGGUACAUGGCCUACCUGAUGGUGCAAGGAUUAAUUUUGUUAGCUGGUCAAAUAAUGGUCAGCAUUUAGCGUUUUGUGUCCGAGUUGAUGAGGAUCUUGGUGGCAAUGGCAAGCUUCAGUUAUGGGUUGCUAAUGUGGAAACUGGAUUGGCUAAACCCCUGUUCAAAUCAGCAAAAAUCUAUGUAAACGCUGUGUUUGACAAUUUUGUCUGGGUGGAUGACUCUACUUUACUGGUUUGCACCAUUCCAUCCUCUCGUGGUGAUCCGCCUAAAAAGCCUCUGCUUCCUCCUGGUCCUAAGAUUCAAUCGAACGAGCAAAAGAAUACUAUACAACUCAGAACCUUCCAAGAUUUGCUUAAGGAUGAAUAUGAUGAAGAUUUGUUUGAUUAUUAUGCAACUUCACAACUUGUACUGGCUUCUUUGGAUGGAACAGUGAAACCUUUUGGGCAGCCAGCUGUGUACAAAUCGCUGGACCCUUCACCAGAUGAUAAAUACAUAAUGAUAAGCUCAACCCACAGACCAUACUCUUAUGUAGUACCUUGUGGAAGAUUUCCAAAGAAGGUUGAAUUAUGGACAGUUGAUGGAAAAUUUAUUAGGCAACUCUGUGAUUUGCCCUUGGCAGAGAAUAUUCCUAUUGCCCAUAAUAGUGUGCGAAAUGGGAUGCGCUCUAUCAAUUGGAGAGCUGACAGACCUUCAACUCUUUACUGGGUGGAGACUCAAGAUGGAGGUGAUGCUAAGGUGGAAGCUUCUCCUCGUGAUAUCGUUUAUACACAGUCUGCUGAAGCAAGUGAAGGCGAAGAACCAACUGUCUUACACAAGCUUGAUCUUCGAUAUGGGGGGAUAUCUUGGUGCGAUGAUUCUCUAGCUCUAGUGUAUGAAUCUUGGUAUAAAACACGGCGUUUAAGAACCUGGGUCAUAUCUCCUGAGAGUAAAGAUGUUAGUCCACGCAUAUUAUUUGAUAGGUCAUUUGAAGAUGUUUAUUCAGAUCCUGGUUCUCCCAUGUCACGAAGAACUUCGUAUGGAACAUAUGUCAUUGCAAAGAUCCGAAAGGAAGAAGAUGAUGCAACUUAUUUAUUGCUGAAUGGUAAUGGUGCUACUCCCGAAGGAAACAUACCUUUCCUUGACUUGAUGGACAUUAAUUCAGGUAACAAGGAAAGAAUAUGGCAGAGUGACAAGGAGAAGUACUAUGAGUCAGUUGUUGCAUUAAUGUCUGAUCGUAUUGAAGGGGAUAUGUUUGUUAACCAAUUGAAAAUACUUACUUCAAAGGAAUCAAAAACUGAGAACACCCAGUAUUAUAUACAAAGCUGGCCUGAUAAGAAGCCAGUCCAAAUUACCAAUUUCCCACAUCCAUAUCCUCAGCUAGCUUCAUUACAUAAAGAAAUGAUCAGGUAUCAACGUAGUGAUGGGGUGCAGCUUACUGCAACUUUAUACUUGCCACCAGGGUAUGACUCCUCGAAAGAUGGACCUCUUCCAUGUCUUGUCUGGUCUUAUCCUGGAGAAUUCAAGACCAAAGAGGCUGCUGGGCAAGUACGUGGUUCUCCCAAUGAGUUUGCUAGCAUAGGAUCUACCUCGCCCCUUCUUUGGUUGGCCCGAAGGUUUGCUGUUUUGUCGGGACCUACAAUUCCUAUCAUUGGCGAGGGUGACAAAGAAGCAAAUGAUUUGUAUGUAGAACAACUUGUUGCUAGCGCUGAGGCUGCAGUACAAGAGGUCAUUCGACGAGGGGUGGCUCAUCCCAACAAGAUAGCUAUUGGAGGUCACUCUUAUGGAGCAUUCAUGACUGCAAACCUUCUGGCACAUGCUUCUCAUCUUUUCUGCUGUGGAAUUGCUCGAUCUGGAGCUUAUAAUCGAACUCUUACACCAUUUGGAUUUCAGAAUGAGGAUAGAACACUUUGGGAAGCGACAAAUACUUACAUAGAAAUGAGCCCUUUUAUGUCGGCCAAUAAGAUCAAGAGGCCUAUUUUGCUUGUUCAUGGAGAAGAAGACAACAAUUCAGGAACGUUGACAAUGCAGUCAGAUCGGUUCUAUAAUGCUCUGAAGGGUCAUGGGGCUCUUUGCCGCUUAGUUAUUCUUCCUUAUGAAAGUCAUGGGUAUUCAGCAAGAGAAAGCAUCAUGCACGUUCUUUGGGAGACAGACAGGUGGCUGCAAAAGUUUUGUGUUUCAAACACAUCUGAAUUAGAUGCAGAUGCUGGUUCCCUUAAGAAAGAAGAUAGCACAGGGAAUGCUGAUGACAAAGUGAUUUCUGCAACUGGUGGUGGUGUUGCUGAGACGGAGGAACCAGAGAAUGGAGAAUACUCUCGUCAGAGGUCAUUGUUAUGAAUGAGAGCUUUAAUAGUGACAUUGAACGAGUUUGAGCAUAUGGCGAGCAUUCCCGAAGAGAAGAAUAAUAAGAUGAAGUUCAUGAUUUGAACCAAUAAUUCGUCCACUUUGCAACACUGCUUGCUCUGCUUCAACAGACUGAAGACACUAUUGUAUGAAAAUUAUUGCAUUAUACUCACUCAUUAGGCAAAGAAAUGUUCUUCCCAUUGGAAAGAUUGUACUGAUUAUUGCAGGACAGAUUUAAAGGCCAAAGUGCGAUUUCCCUCAGGGUGUAGCUCAUCGGCAUAGCACACGACCAUCAGUUUACUUGCUAAUGUAUACGAAAUACUAGUAAUAAAGCAAAUAUUUUUAUUUUAUAGAACCUCAUGUCUCAAUGAAUGAUGACAUUUUCUAA